AUGCCCCGUGACUCUAUAAAAAAUCAAUGUCCCAUAACUUGUCCCAAAGUCAGGGAACAACUCCGUAUCACAAUCAAGGAAUUUCCUAAUGUGACGGACGGAAUUUUUCCGCGGAAAAAGAACAAUGUGGAACCGCGACUUCCGUCGGAUAUUAUUUCAAGAACUAUACGAAACGAACGUGUAAUUGAGACAGCACAUGUACCUAUCAAUGAUAUACAAUCUAAAGAGUUAAAAGUCGAAGUGAAACCAGUGAUUUUCUCGGAGUUUCCAAUCGUUAAAGAACCAACUAUCAUCCCAACAGAAAAGAUAGAAGAAACUAUCCAGGAAGAAAUUAUCCAGGAAGAAAUUGUCAUUCUGACAGAAGAAAUAGUAAGUCCUGAUGAAAAAAAAAUUGAUUUGAUUACUGAAGAAGAAAAAAUAGACCGAGAACCUGUGAUCGUCCAGAAGGAAAUCACUGUCAGUCCGAUAGAAAGGAUAACAGAUCGCAAUGGAAAAAUUGAUUUGAAUACUGAAGAAGAAAAAAUAGACCGAGAACCUGUGAUUGUCCAGAAGGAAAUCACUGUCAGUCCGAUAGAAAGGAUAACAGAUCGCAAUGGAAAAAUUGAUUUCGUUGAAGAGAAAGACUUAAUUGUGGAAGGAAUCGCAGAAGAACCUAUAAAGGAAGUUCCGAUUAAGAAACCUGAGAUUAUCAAAGACGAAAUUGAACAGGCGCCAGAACCAAAAAUUGAAUUGGAACCGUCGCGAGAAUUAGAAGAGCACUUGCCAGAGGAGCCCGUAGAAUAUGACGAAGAGGAAGAAGGCAAAAUUGACUAUGAGCAAUAUAUCGACGAGGAAUUGCAGGAGAUUCUACCCACCGUAAUAGCAAGGGAAAUUCCAGAGCAGCCGAGGGCGAUGUGUACUAAAACUUGCAGGUAUGCGGCCACCUACGAGAAAAUCGAUCGCGAAAGACCUGUCAGACCACCGAGGGAACGAGAAGCAGUGACCGCAAUGCCUGAAGAACGACCGGUUAGAGAAGAAGUAUCUGUGAAACGAACUCCCGAGAAGCUGGCAGAACAGAUCGUUUCGCGUAAACCUGCAGAAGAUGCUUGCGAGGAGACAUGUCCUCUAGUAAAAAAGCAGAAAGAACGCAUUAUGCGUAAAUUGAAGAUGCGGCAGCGAGUCGUAGAUCAUUAUUAUCUGACGAAAGGUUUCAGCUACUUCGAAGACGUAUGCACGUGUUCUCUGGCUUGUAUGGUAUAUACUUUGAGCAGGGAUCCGUUUGUGAAGAGUAUAUUCGCGUCUUUCGCAUUGUUUGCAAUCGGAUUGAAGCUGUGCUCCGAGCUGGAUGCGUGGGAGAUGCCGAAUCGUGUUUCAUAAGACCAAAAUAUCGAUAAUGGCCAACACGUAAUCUUCACCUAAGCCUCUUAUAGAACCACGACAAUUUGCAUUUAGAUU